AUGGACGCGUUUCAGGAGAAACUAGAUGCCCUGCAGAAGCAGUCAAAGGAGCAAAUCAUGGCGGCCGUAGCAGCGCUGCAGCACGCGUGUGGAGAGGGCGUGCAGCCUCUGCGAAUUGCCGUGGCGAUUGGUAACCGGCUAACCCCCGGCCAGGUCUCGAACUCCUUUCCUGUCAUUUGCCUCAUUGAUGCGAUGACAAUAAGGCAAGAAGAGGCGUGUGUUGUGGCGGUUUUAGAGGAAUUCUGGCGGAUUGCACCCUCUCUGUUUGUCAACUUCGCCGCGGCAGACGAGGCGCUGCAGGAGAAGGUGUCUCGUGCGGUGAAGCGUUGGGGUGGGAAGAAGGUGCUCUCCGCGUCGUGUGGGGAAAGACUGCUGCGAUGCAUCAACGGAAAGGAGACGACAGAAGUUGAUUUCGAGGCGGCGCGCCGCGCGGCGGUUGACAACGCUAAUACUGCUUCUCAGGCUUCAUCGCACUCAGGCAUCGCGGUGAAUGAGGCGCGGAAGGAGGAGUUCUCGCGAGCAGAGGUCUCUGGCUUCUGUGCGAUCUUACAGAGCUGCAUAAAGAUGAUUGAACGACUUCCGCCGCACCGCGCCAGUAUGUACCUGGAGGUGGCUCGGAAGGAAAAGUUGCUUCGCACCCCGUCAAAGUCUGCCCUGCUCUUCUUUCAAGGCCUGCACGCCGAGCUGAGCCGGGAGUCCGCGAUGUACAACAGCAACCUCGUGAAGAGUGAGCACCAGGCCACCCCCGAGGCGGGCGGGAGGGUCGACCCCAAAGCCGCGCUUGGAAACCUCCUCGAUAAGCUUUCCAAGGAGCAGAGCUUCACCGCGGAAUCGGCGACCGUGGCGGCUGGUGGCCACCACGACCCCACGUUCAAUGUCAUACGUUACGCGUCGCCCAUGCAGUCUGACAUUUUUCAGCGCCUUUCGGUGGCGCAGCGAGCCGGAUUCGGUGAGUGGCACCGGCGAACAAAGAAUGAGUACCACUACCCGAAGGAGGGCAGCAGUCGAAGGGUGUUCCGCGCCCCGGCUGGCUCCCUGGCAGGAACACGAGCCUGGUUUCCUAGCGAGCAGCAGUGGAUUGGCGAGAAUGACAUGGCGGCACUGAGGUUAUGGGUGCCGAAGGAGACAGGCCACGAAAGGGAAUCAUCCAGCGUAUACGACGUUGCGCGAAAACGCGAACGCGAUGCCUGA